AUGCUCCAUAUUCUAGAUUGCAUCGCGCCUGUUUUGACUGAAAAGUACCAUACAAGUAAAGACACAAGCGCCGGGACUGAACGUCCAUCGGCGGCACACGACCCCUCAACCCACUACCAAGAUACACAAAUACCCUCCUGCAACAAAUCAUCCACCUUAUCUACAGCCCACCGCCUUCAAGGACGAUCACCCUUAACUCCUCCCUCGAACCACGCCACCUCCACCACACCACCAUCACCAACAGAAACCCCUCUCCCCACAAUCCACAGUACUGUACAACCUCAACCUCAAGCUCAAGUUCAACAUCCAAACCACAGCACGGGAACAAUGACAACCAACCCCCGCCCCUCCCCACCCACCACCCCAACCGAUCUCGAAACCGACCUCCUCACGCACCUGCUCACCACCCCGGCCCUCGACGACCUCCACAGCACGCUCCUCGCCGCCCUGCAACGCACGGGGUGGACCGAGAAGAUCCGGCGCCUAGCCCAAGAGCUACUCCGCGGGGGACGGUGCGAGCGGUUCGACGAGGUCAUCGAAGCGGUGGUCGCCUCCGCCGAGGGGCGACGCCAUCCGUCCCUCCUCGCCGCGCCCGGCAAGAAAAAAAACGGUGCUGCAACCAUCAAAGACGAAGAUGACGACGACGACGACGAUGACGACGUCUACGCGAACGGGAAGAAAAGCGGCAACAACAACAACAGCAAUGGCGGCAAUGCAAACAACGCCGCGUAUUUCGAGACGGUGGAUGUGCGGAUCCCCUGCGCGGUCGUCGAGCAGGGCGUGCGCGCGAUCAAGGAGGUUCUGCGCGAUGUAGCGGUGCUCGAGGGGGAUGGGGAUGGGGUCGGGGAUUCUUCUUCGUCUGCGGCCGCCGGGGAUGGCGGGGAUGGCGGGGAUAAGGAGAAGGAGAAGGAGAAGGAGCACACCACCACGACCACGAAGACGCCAGGGCCGAAGGAUCGCGUGAAGGGGGUGAAGAAUGGGGAGAGUAAUGGGUCCGGGGCCAGCGGGAGUCCCGUCAAGAAAGGGGAGAAGAAGAUGAAGCCGAAGCAGGGGAAAUAAAGGGAUCUGCGGGCUUUUCUUCUGUCUGUCUUAUAUUUUGAUAAAAGGCGGGAGUUGGUGUUGGUGGACAUUCGUCUGGCGUUUGGAUGGGUUUCUGGAUGGGGACUCCUCCCUCGGUGUUAUCAGGGUCGGCAUUGCAUUUUCUAGAUACCAAAUUCUACUACUUCGUUCCAC